AUGCAUCCAUCUUUUCAAAUGCCAAUGUGUAUGCCUUUCCAGCCUCCGCAUGUGCCGUACGGUUACCAACCAUAUUGUUAUAGAAAUAUGAAUCCAAAUCCUUAUUUGAGUCAACCCCAUCAGCACUAUCCCUCUUAUCCUUAUUCUCAACAGUCAAAUAUUCGGUUGCCUCCAUUUUUACAACAACAACAACAAAAUAGUGUACAAUAUCAGCCACAAUAUGAACAUUCGUAUCUGCUUCCAACCCAACAGCCAUCUGUGCUUUAUCAAACGCCUCCUCCUCCUCCUCCACUACCACCACCACUCCAAGAUUCUCCAAAUGAAUCGAUGAAAUUAAUUCAACAAACACUGAAUGUUUCGUUCAACAAUAAUGGCAGUUGUGACAAUGAUGUUGAUGAUUUACUAUCAAUAGCAUUAGAAAAACUUAAUACAAAACUAAGUACCUCUGCUAAUUUGUCACCAGUAAAAACUGCGAUUGUUUCAAUCAAACAUUUCGAAAGUUUAACACAUCAUUCGACUCAAACGAUUCAUAAUGAUAAUGAUUUAUUGUUAGAAUAUGCAGCAAAAUGUCGUAAAACUUUUCAAGCGUUAUUAGACGAUUAUAAAUGUUUGUUAAACGAAGGAUUAUCUAUCACAGAUUCGUUAAAACGUUUAGCAACAACGGGCGACGUUUUGUAUCAUACAUUGUCCAUGCUGGUCUAUCUUAUAACAAUGCAUGAAGAUUCAGAUAGCGCGAAAGAAAAACCCGGUACAGAUACGCCGUUCACUACAGAAUUAAUUAAUGACUAUUGUCAGAAAAAUCGUAUAAAACUGCAACGAUAG